AUGGCGGCGGCGGCGGCGGGCUGCGCUAGUGGCGGGAGCAGCAGCAGCGACACGUCGAGCACCGGCGAGGAGGAGAGGAUGCGGCGCCUCUUCCAGACCUGCGACGGCGACGGCGACGGCUACAUCAGCAGAAAUGACUUGUUGAUGGUCUGUCGCCAAUUGAAUAUGGAAGAGUCUGUGGCAGAGAUCAUGAACCAACUGGGUGCUGAUGAAAAUGGGAAGAUUUGCUUUCAGGAUUUUACACGGUGCCGUAUGCAGCUCAUCAGAGAAAUCAGAAAAGAGGAAAUAGGCCUUUCUGAGAAGUCAGACAACUCCUGGAAAAAGAAGAAACUGAGGGACAGAAUUGCCUCCUGGCCCACAAGCAGUGACAACAGUCUGGGUGCCUUAUCAGCGGCCAGGGAGAGCUGGGAGUACGCCUCGGGAGCCAGGGACCUCCAGGGCCCGGACUUGCAGAGUCAGCCAGCCCUGCAGAAGCUUUUGGAGUAUGGGGGAAGCUCUUUGCACCAGCAGGCUGCUGUGCUCCGCAAGCUGCUCGCGCAGUCCCCACGCUUUGGCAACUCUGUAGGAGGAAGCUAUCUAGAACUGGCCAACACGCUCCACUUGGCAGCCCUGGCAUCGCUCAAGGGAGAUAUAGUGGAGCUUAACAAACGUCUGCAGCAAACAGAGCGGGAACGGGACCUUCUGGAAAAGAAGCUGGCCAAGGCGCAGUGUGAGCAGUCCCAUCUCAUGAGAGAGCAUGAGGACGUCCAGGAGCGAACCACGCUUCGGUAUGAGGAACGCAUCACAGAACUGCACAGUAUCAUCGCUGAGCUCAAUAAGAAGAUAGAUCGUUUGCAAGGCACCACCAUCAGGGAGGAAGAUGAGUACUCGGAACUGCGGUCAGAGCUCAGCCAGAGUCAACACGAGGCCAACGAGGACUCUCGCAGCGUGGAUCAGGACCAGACCUCUGUGUCGGUCCCUGAAAACCAGUCCACCAUGGUCACUGCAGACAUGGAUAACUGCAGUGACCUGAACUCAGAGCUGCAGAGGGUGCUGACGGGGCUGGAGAACGUGGUCUGCUGCAGGAAAAAGAGCAGCUGCAGCCUCUCGGUGGCGGAGGUGGACAGACACAUCGAGCAGCUGACCACGGCCAGCGAGCACUGUGACUUGGCCAUCAAGACAGUGGAGGAGAUCGAGGGGGUCCUCGGCCGGGACCUGUACCCCAGCCUGGCAGAGGAGCGGGGCCGGUGGGAGAAGGAGCUGGCGGGGCUGCGGGAGGAGAACGAGAGCCUGACGGCCAUGCUGUGCAGCAAGGAGGAGGAGCUGCACAGGACCAAGGCCGCCACGAACGCCGUCCGGGAGGAGCGCGACCGGCUGCGGCGGAGGGUUCGAGAGCUUCAAACUCGACUGCAGAGCGUGCAGGCCACGGGCCCCUCCAGCCCUGGCCGCCUCACUUCCGCCAACCGCCCCGUUAACCCCAGCACCGGAGAGCUGAGCACGAGCAGCAGCAGCAACGACAUCCCCAUCGCCAAGAUCGCCGAGAGGGUGAAGCUCUCCAAGACCAGGUCUGAAUCUUCGUCGUCUGAUCGCCCAGUCCUAGGCUCAGAAAUCAGCAGCAUUGGGGUGUCCAGCAGUGUGGCAGAGCACCUGGCCCACUCUCUUCAGGACUGCUCCAACAUUCAGGAAAUCUUCCAGACUCUCUAUUCCCAUGGAUCUGCCAUCUCGGAAAGCAAGAUUAGAGAGUUUGAGGUGGAAACGGAGAGGCUGAACAGCCGUAUCGAACACCUCAAAUCCCAGAAUGACCUUCUGACCAUAACCCUGGAAGAAUGCAAGAGCAACGCCGAGAGGCUGAGCAUGCUGGUGGGGAAGUACGAAUCCAAUGCCACGGCGCUGCGGCUGGCACUGCAGUACAGCGAGCAGUGCAUCGAAGCCUAUGAACUCCUCCUGGCUCUGGCUGAGAGCGAGCAGAGCCUCAUCCUGGGGCAGUUCCGGGCGGCCGGUGUGGGGUCGUCCCCUGGGGACCAGUCAGGGGAUGAAAACAUUACUCAGAUGCUCAAGCGAGCCCACGACUGCCGGAAGACAGCGGAGAACGCCGCCAAGGCCCUGCUCAUGAAGUUGGACGGCAGCUGCGGGGGCGCCUUCGCGGUGGCCGGGUGCAGCGGGCAGCCCUGGGAGAGCCUGUCCUCCAACAGCCACACCAGCACGACCAGCUCCACAGCCAGCAGCUGUGACACGGAGUUCACUAAAGAAGAUGAGCAACGGCUCAAAGACUACAUCCAGCAGCUCAGGAACGACAGGGCGGCGGUCAAGCUGACCAUGCUGGAGCUGGAGAGCGUCCACAUCGACCCUCUCAGCUACGACGCCAAGCCCCGGGGGGACAGCCAGCGGCUAGACCUGGAAAACGCAGUGCUGAUGCAGGAGCUCAUGGCCAUGAAGGAGGAGAUGGCCGAGCUGAAGGCCCAGCUCUACCUCCUGGAGAAGGAGAAGAAGGCCCUGGAGCUGAAGCUGAGCACGCGAGAAGCCCAGGAACAGGCCUACCUGGUCCACAUCGAGCACCUGAAGUCUGAGGUGGAGGAGCAGAAGGAGCAGCGCACACGGUCCCUGAGCUCCACCAGCAGCGGCGGCAAGGACGCAGCCGGCAAGGAGUGUCCGGAUGCCGCCUCCCCCGCCCUGUCUCUGGCCGAACUGCGGACGGCGUGCGGCGACAGCGAGCUGGCUGCGGAGUUCACGAAUGCCAUCCGUCGAGAGAAGAAGUUAAAGGCCAGAGUUCAAGAGUUGGUGAGUGCCUUGGAAAGACUCACAAAGAGCAGUGAAAUCCGACACCAGCAAUCAGCAGAGUUUGUUAAUGACCUGAAGCGAGCCAACAGCAACCUGGUGGCUGCCUAUGAGAAAGCAAAGAAGAAGCAUCAGAACAAACUGAAGAAGUUGGAGUCUCAGAUGAUGGCCAUGGUGGAGAGACAUGAGACCCAAGUGAGGAUGCUCAAGCAACGGAUAGCUCUGCUGGAGGAGGAGAACUCCAGACCUCACACCAACGAAACGUCCCUGUAG